CUAGGUUCAAGCAAUGUCGGACCCUCUUUUUAUGGUGAAGACCUCGUUCUACAUAGGUAAUUACAGACAGUGCGUAAAGGAAGCCCAGAAGUUGCAAGUUGGGGACCAACCCUUGGACCUGGAAUGUGAUAUCUUGAUGUACAGAGCCUAUCUGGCUGAAGGUAAAUAUAACUUGGUGUUGGGAGAGGUGGAGACAAGGUCCGGACCAGAGUUUCUAGCGCUGGUACUUCUUGCUAAGAUCAUGCAGAAUCCUAGUAACAAAGACGCUGUUAUUUCAGAGGUAGGAAACGUGUUGAACGAAGGAGCAGCAAGUCUUUGCCCGAAUGUCGUCGCCCUUUUGUGUGCCAACGUUUAUCUGCUAGCUGGAGACUUUGAGUCAACUCUCCGUGUCACAAAUUCCGCCUCUUCGCUGGAAUGUCACGCUCUAGCAGUCCAGACCCUGCUUCAGAUGAACCGAGUGGAUAUCGCCACUAAAGAGGUGAAGAAAAUGCAGGAGAUUGAUGAGGACACGACAGUAUCCCAGCUUUCUCUCGCUGCCCUCAAUAUCGCAAUGGCAGACACAAAGAGCAUACAGACAGCAUACUACGUGUAUCAAGAGCUUGCAGAUAAGUUUGGGCCCACCCCAAUACUUCUCAACGGUCAGGCAGUCUGUUUCUUGCUGCAAGGUAAGUCUGAACAAGCGGAGGAUGUGUUACAAAAGGCUUUGGAUAAGGAUAGCGGUCAUCCGGAAACUUUGAUCAACCUGUCGAUAGUUUCACAGUUUUUGGGAGCUAAAGACUCUGCUAAACGAUACAUUUCCCAAGUUAAGGAUUCACAUCCUGAUCAUCCGUAUGUUUUGAGGCUUCAGGAGAAGGAGAAGCUUUUUGACGAAUUUUCCUCAGCUUUGUUGUCUAACCGUUAAGGUAAAGCUCAAUGUAACUUAUCUGAUCAGCCCCUUUUUGACCUUCUUCGUCUAUUACUUUAGAGACUUUGUAGACAGUGGAGUUCUAAAAUUAUGUAGUAAAAUAUAUUGCUUGCUUUCAAUUGUUGUACAUUUGGGUUAUAUAAUGAUAUAAUCAUGACGAGUUAACAAUAUAUAUAGUAGAUCUGAUGUCCACUGCUUCAUUGUUCGAACGUUAUUCAAUUUGAGACAAGUUUUGCUAAACAUUUCAGCCUCUGCCCGUGUGUUAGUAAAUAAUUGCUUCCUUAUAUUAGUCAGUAUGAGUUUUAGGUCAAGAGAGAAUUUUAACCACAGUUAAUAUUAAAAUGAAUAGAUUUGAGGGAAUGUUUUAUGUUUCACUAAACUUGAAUUGCAUGUAUAAAUUUUGAAUUAUGGUAAUGAAAAUUGAUUUAUUACGUUAA